AUGGCGGCCACCAGAAAUAUUGUGUUGCUACUGCUUUCUGUUACUGUUGUUGCUCCGAUUGUGCUCUACACUGACCGCCUUAGCACCUUCAAGUACAGCUUUGGUGUGUCGGACCAGGAGUUCAUUGAAGCUGUUACUGCCCUUGAAAUUUCUACUGCCCUCACGGAACCAAGUGGGGUUGUAUAUACCGAGAACACUACAAGUACAAAGAAUUUGCCUCAUGGCUCUCACUUUUCCAAACCGGGGGAGCAUGCAUCUGCCAGGGUAUUGUCAGCUACAAAUGAGGAAGGUCAAACUAUAGGUGAGAACCCCAUCAAAUUGGUGACAGAUGGAAUUAACAGAGGAAAUCAAAGCAGCAACCUGGAGAAAACUGAUACAACUGGUGAUAGUGUAAAUGGGGAAGAUGCAAUUGAUGUUGAUGAUAGUGAAGGAAAACUGGCUAAAUCUAUUGAAGCUUCUGAUCAAGCAUCUGAAACUAUGGACACUAAGCAGGAACAACAACAUACCGAAUCUUCUGGUCAAGUAACGAAGAAAGGACCCUUAUUAUUGGAAACUGAUAAGCAUAAUGACCCAACACCAGCUGAUGCUCGAGUGCGGCAACUAAAAGAUCAGCUUAUCCAGGCCAAGGUAUAUCUUUCCCUCCAGGCUGUAAGGAACAUUCCCCAUCUCAUUCGAGAGCUUCGAUUACGGGUGAAGGAAGUGUCACGAACGCUGGGAGAUGCAAGCAAAGAUUCUGAUUUGCCAAGGAAUGCAAAUGAGAGAAUGAAGAUAAUGGAGCAAACAUUGAUGAAAGGAAGGCAAGUUCAGAAUGAUUGUGCUGCUGCUGUGAAGAAGCUUAGGGCUAUGCUCCACUCAACAGAGGAGCAGCUUCGUGUGCACAAGAAGCAGACCUUGUUCUUAACACAGCUGACAGCAAAAACAUUGCCUAAAGGUCUCCACUGUCUUCCAUUGCGCCUUACAUCCGAGUAUUAUAGCUUGAAUACUUCUCAGCAACAAUUCCCAAACCAACAGAAGUUAGAAGACCCUCAGCUAUACCAUUAUGCAAUAUUUUCAGAUAACAUAUUGGCAACAGCUGUUGUUGUGAAUUCUACUGUUGCCCAUGCUAAGGACACCUCAAAACAUGUUUUCCACAUUGUCACUGAUAGGCUCAAUUAUGCGGCAAUGAGAAUGUGGUUCUUGGUGAAUCCACCACAAAAGGCAAUCAUUCAAGUUCAGAACGUUGAUGAGUUUACAUGGUUGAAUUCAAGUUACAGUCCAGUUCUUAAGCAGUUGGGUUCUCCUUCUAUGAUAGAUUUUUACUUUAAGACUCAUCGAGCAAGUUCUGAUUCAAACUUGAAGUUUCGGAAUCCAAAAUAUCUAUCUAUAUUGAACCACCUUCGAUUCUACCUUCCUGAGAUCUUUCCAAAGCUCAACAAAGUGCUAUUCUUGGAUGAUGACAUAGUCGUACAGAAGGAUCUGACUGAUCUUUGGUCAAUUGAUUUGAAGGGUCAUGUUAAUGGUGCAGUAGAAACUUGUGGAGAAAGUUUUCAUCGCUUUGAUCGUUAUCUCAACUUCUCAAAUCCUCUUAUUGCAAAGAAUUUUGACCCUCGUGCAUGUGGAUGGGCAUAUGGCAUGAAUAUUUUUGAUUUGGUCCAAUGGAAGAGGCAAAACAUCACUGAGGUGUACCACAAUUGGCAGAAGCUGAAUCAUGAUAGACAACUAUGGAAGUUAGGAACACUGCCACCUGGUCUUAUAACAUUCUGGAAACGCACAUUCCCACUGCACCGUUCUUGGCAUGUCUUGGGUCUUGGCUACAACCCCAAUAGCAAUCAAAAAGACAUUGAACGGGCUGCUGUUAUACACUAUAAUGGAAACAUGAAACCAUGGCUCGAGAUAAGUAUUCCGAAGUUCCGAGCUUAUUGGACAAAGUAUGUUGACUACGAUCUUGUUGAAACAAACAAGAUUGUGUUGCGUGAUGCUGAGGGAUUCGAACAAGGCAUCACAUUCAAAGCAGGGCCCCAGAGACAGGCUGUUACUAUUGCCAUGCCUUGUAGAGAUGUGAUAGUGAGUUGGAUUGAAUUGAAAAACAAGGCUUUUGUGAGUUAUGAUCACGUGGUGGUGGAACCCGCUGCUAUGUCAAGUGGACCUCAUGAAAGAACUACCAUUUCCGUCUUCUUCAGGGAUCACAUCACAUAG